GUCAUUCUGCUCUGUUCAGCAAAUCCAACUCCCAGUACUUACCAAAUCAACAACAUCAUAAGAGAUAAGAACGAAAUUCAAAAUGCUCAAACAACUCCCCUGUACCUCCUCCGACGCCGACGCGCUCGCAACCCUCUACCUUCAAUGCUUCACCACCCCCACAGACCAGCGUCUCUGGCCCAACACCCCCGAAAUCCACGCUUGGUGGGUAGCCAGCUUCACCCGGAAACUGACGGAGGGGCUCGAUAAAUACUACAUCCUGAAGGUGAUCGAUACGGAGAAAGAUGACGAGCUUGUCGGGUUCUUAGAGUGGAAGCUCCCUCAAGCUCCCCCGGUGAAUGACACUGAAAAGGAGAUGUAUGCCGAGGGGAAAGACCCCGAAACCCAAGAACUCCUUGCCACGUACCCAUCUCACGUCGGUGAUAUUGGGCUUCUUGUGGAAACGUUGGAGCAGUUUAGGACUAACAUUGGGGGUAUUAUGGGAGAGAGGAAGUUUUAUUAUCUCAACAUGCUCGGCACGAAGCCCGAGUACCGACGACGGGGCGUCGCGUCGGGGAUGAUCGAGUGGGGAACAAGCCGUGCGGAUAAAGAGGGUCUCGAGACGUUUGUGGUUUCUGCUCCUGGGGCAAGGCCCGUGUAUCUGAAGCAUGGAUUUGAGCUUGCGAGAGAGGGAGAGGAUCUGGGGAAUUUUGUGCCUUGGUAUAUGGUUCGGAAGCCCACGGUUGAGGCAAAGAAAGAAAAGAAGAGAGAGGUGGGAUAUGCAAAGUGGUUGUUGGGAGUCUCUGCUGUGCUUGGGGUUGGGGCUAUUAUUUACCAAAGGGUGUAUAGGAGGGCAUUGUAGACGCAGUUUCUUUGUAUAUAGAUUCUUUCAUUACUUGCUAUUAAUCGUUUUAAUCUG